CUGACCAUUUGACCCUAGACAACUAAUUGGUUUCCCCCGGGGGGGGGGGGGCACCUUUCCGACUCCAAGCUUUCCUUGGUUGCCUGUAGUUCUGUGUAGGGUUGAGGCCUCUUGGGCUUUCCCCUGUCCAUUUUGGCGUGUGCAUUGGUGUCGUUCCACUCAUGUUUAGGCAGUCAUGUUGGAGAGACUUUAUGGGUAGAGCUUCUGAAAUUAAGAGACACAAUCUCACAGCAAACUCCAUGAUUCUCUGGCUCUUACAAUCUUUCCACACCCUCUUCCACAGUGUUCCCUAAGCCUUAGGUGUGGGAGAAUUUUGUACAUGUAUCCAUUAGGAAUGAGCUCCACAACUCUACAUUUUGAUUGGUUGUGAUUUUGUGUAAUGGUCUCUUGUCUGUUGCAAAGAGAAGUUUCCUUGAUGAGGGGUGAAGACUACACUUAACUGUGGGUGUCAGGCAACAUGUCUAGAAUGUACUUAGGGAUUGUGCUGGUUUAGUAAAGUGGAGGUUGUAGAUUCACCUCCAAUAGCCAUGACUUCACUAGCACUGAAUAGGUGGCAAGGUUUCCAGUAUCAGACAUAGUUUCCCUCAUGUUGAAUUGGUCUUAAGUCCAAUUAGAGAGAUGUUGGUUACCGCCAAGGUAUACUUGCUACUACUACAUCAUUAGAGAUACCAUGCUACGUUUAUACAGUACGUUUUAAUUAAGGUCAUAUGUACUAUAUGCUUGGUAUUUCCCUGGGUUUCAACAACAUGUAUUCUGAGUCAAGAGUAGGGUGGUGAAUGAAUAGGAGUCUAUAUAUCACCAGUAAAUAGUUUAGGACCACCAGGGAAGUCAAAGAAGAUGGAAGAGAAGGCUCUUAGCUGUGUGGCCAUGAUUGAGAUACUUUUACCUCCUUGGAGACCAGAAGUUCUAACCUCCCUCAUUGGUUCCAGCAGCAUUUACUUGAGUAAAGUUUACCCUGUGCUGGGUGGCCCUGAGCUAUAAGUUAGGGACACAGAGAUGGGAGACAGUCUGGUCCUGCCCUUGUUCUGAUUCUAUGUGUGACCUUGAGACUUUCCUAAAUUUCCUCCAUAGCCCCAUCUAAAAGUGGAGAGGAGCAAAGACAUGAUCAGUAAGAGCCUCAGAGCUCUUCAUGGUGUGGGUCUUGUCUGUCAUGGGCUCUCCAGGCCCCUUCACAUCUGCUUUCCCCAAGAGAGCCAGGCUUUCCUCCCUUACCUCUCUCUCCUCCCCUGGAAAUUCUCAAUAGACACGGUCUUCCCUUGGUGUGACCAGGAAGCUCCAAGCAGCUUGAACCCCAGAUAGCUCAGGAGGAAGAAAAGAAAGAAAGGGCUGCUAUAUCAGGGGGGCUUCCAGGUAUACCGACAAUGAAAGCACUCCUAGCUUAGCAGAAAGCAUCCCUAAGCUCACCUCUGAAGGGUCACAUUAGUCAGACCGGCAGUGACAGCUUGCACAUUCCCCUAGGCAGGGCAGAUGGAUCAGUACUCUCACACUUGUGGGACAUUUGACAUCAGUUUUUGUUUGUAACUUUCAGUUACACUCAGCGGGAAUUUUUGACCACCUUCUGUAUUCAGGGCCUUACACAGGGAAUAUUGAUCUUUUCCAAAUCCAAGUAUAUACACAUUUUUGAGAAUUUUUUAAUGUCUGUCUCUUCUGUUAGACCCUAAGCUUAUUGAAGUCGGAAAUUAUGUCUGUCUUCUUCCUCACUGAACUCCCAGUACAUAACCACAGUGACUUACAAGCAAUAUCAUUCAAUAGAUAAUGACAGAAAAAAAAAAUUCUGAGGUCUGGACCUUGGAAUCAUCUUUGAUUUUGCAAAGACCAGUAGGCAGAAGAUGACCCUUAACCAGAAACAAACAGCCAUUAAUUAGAAGGAAAAGCCUUGUGUUGAGUAGGUCAUGAUCAUUCACUCAUUUAAUCCUCACAAUAACAUUGUGAGGCAGGCAUUCUCAUUGUCUUCAUUUUACAGAUGGGUAAACCAAGGCAUGGGGAGUAACUAACUUGUGUCUGGGCUCAGAUCUGAACUCCUAUCGUCUUGCUCUGAAGUCUGUGAUUCUACCCACUCUACUGCCUUCCAACAUGAAUUCUCAAAAGGGGGCAUGGGGUAUGGUGGCACUGGGACUUCAAGCAGUGUUUUUCCUGCUUUGCUGUAUGGUGCCUGGCUACUGAUUUGGAAUCCCUGAAAACAGAUGCACAAAGAGGAACUGAGGAAGUGCAGAUAUGCAUGCUGAAAAACAGCUCUAUUGGGCUGGGUAGCUGUCAGCUGAAGGAGCCAGGUUGGCCACUAGAGCAGAAACAAAUGUGGCUUCUAGGUCCCUUUUCUGAAGCAGGUCCUAUCAGCAGGCUGCUUUGCAGAGUUUCUAGGUAAGGUGAACAAAGCCAUUCUUUUCUCCUCAACUACUUAGAAGCCAUCCAACAGCUAAAUCUACCUAAGGUCACUGCUGCCUCAUCAAAAUCAGUGUUUCAUGUACAGAAAGGAAAUGUAUCAGUCUAAUGUGCAACCUUACUCGUGUAGGAAGUUGGGGCGGAGCAGGGAGUCAGGAAAACUGGAGGAAAGGUUAGGUCAAGUCUGACAAAAGCUCAGCAGCUAAGCAGUCCUGAUAAUAAGAGAUUAAAGCAAAGCAUCUGACAUCAGCUGCAUCUCAGUGGCUUGGGGCUUCUGGUUGGGCUUCUUGCCACAGUGGAGCAGCACUGAGACCAUGGCCUUUUUCUCCCGACUAGACCUGCAGGAAGGCCUCCGAACACUCUCCGUUUUACAGUGGAUUCCAGUCUAUGUGAUUUUAGGAGCGAUUCCCAUCCUUGGUAUACCCUAUUGCCUGCUGUUCAGUAGCUUGUGGCCCUUAUCUGUGCUCCCCUUAAUCUGGCUUGCCUAUGACUGGAACACGCACAGUCAAGAUGGUAGGCGUUCAGCUUGGAUACGAAACUGGACCCUCUGGAAGUAUUUCCAAAGUUACUUCCCAGUAAAGCUGGUGAAGACCCAUGACCUUUCUCCCAAACACAACUACAUCAUUGUCUCCCACCCCCAUGGUAUUCUCGCUCAUGGUGCCUUCAUCAACUUUGCUACUGAAGCCACUGGCUUUUCCAGGAUUUUCCCAUCUAUCACUCCCUGUUUAGCAACCUUGGAAGGGAUCUUCUGGAUCCCAAUUGUACGAGAUUAUGUGAUGUCCAUGGGUAUAUGUCCAGUGAGUGAACUGGCCCUGAAGUACAAGCUGACCCAGAAAGGCUCAGGCAAUGCUGUGAUCAUUGUGGUGGGUGGAGCUUCUGAAGCCCUCUUGUGCCGCCCAGGAGCCUCCACAGUCUACCUCAAAAAUCAUAAAGGUUUUGUGAAGCUAGCACUCAAGACAGGGGCAUACCUUGUUCCUUCUUAUUCCUUUGGUGAGAAUAAUAUUUUCAACCAAGAGACCUUCCCUGAAGGCACAUGGCUAAGGUUCUUCCAAAAAAACUUCCAGAAAAUUGGCAAAAAAAUCCUAGGAUUAAAUUUCUGUACUUUCCAUGGCAGGGGCCUCACUCGGACCUCCUGGGGCUUUUUGCCUUUCAAUCAUCCAAUUACCACCGUUGUGGGAGAACCCCUUCCAGUCCCCAAGAUCUGUGAUCCUGACAAGGAGACGGUGGCAAAGUACUUUGAGAUUUACAUCAGUGCCCUACGAAAGCUGUUUGACCAACACAAAACUAAAUAUGGCUUCUCUGAAACCCAGGAGCUGACAAUUGUAUAACACAAAUCAAAAUCUCUGUAACUAAAAAUCAGAUCCAUAAGAGAUCCAAGUGAAGUCUCAGGGAAGUGAGAAUUUGGUAAUUGGCAAUCCAGGAAUUGAAUCCCCCACCCCCAAAAUAGCCAAGAUGAAUUGGGUAAAGGGAAGACAGGACAAGACUGGCAAAGGCUGACUAGCAGAGGGGGCACUUCUGUCACGCCUUGUUGUUUUAUGACAAUGAACCAGUUUAGGAGUCCCGUAAGUCACUCAUCAACUCCCCAAUAAAGGCAAUGAGAAGACAACAAACUGUAUCGCUUCCCCACAAACCUUAGUGGCAUUGUUCAUUCAUAUUUAGGCUUAAGCUUAGAAGCUUUUCUUAGAACAGGACUGGUUUGGAUCCCCCCAAGGCCAGGCCCUUACCUUAUGAUUUAAGGACUGGGUAAACUGGGAGCCUGAACUGUGGCUUCCUAACUGAGACAGUCAGGACUCUUGUCAAGUACACUAGUGUUUCAGAUGGCAGUACAAUCACAUUGCUUCACCCACAAAAAUAAAGCUCUAGAAUAAA